AUGCGGCUCACAGUAAAUGAUGGCCAAUUCAAGCAGGACAGCUCUGCUGGUACUGAAAAAUUGAAUAUUGUGAGACGGCGAGCUCAAAUAUCUUCAGAGGUAAACUAUGCGCCGCCGGCGCCGCCGCCUCCCCGUAUCCUCCGAGGACCGUGCGAUGAGGUCUUUUUGAGAUUCGAGCUGCUCGGAAAUGGUGCAACUUCUAAGUGCUACCGAGUAGAGCAGCUGCAUAAGAGCCAGCUUGCUAUGAAAGUCAUUCCCCGCCAGUCGCUUGACAGUGACACUAACAGAAGGAACCUAAAUCGGGAGAUCCUCAUUACUUCGCGCUUGAAACAUGCGCGUAUAGUGGGAUUUCAAUCGUAUUUUUACGAUUGUGUUAAUGUUUACAUCUGUCUUGAGUUCUGUCCCUACGGCUCCUUAUCCCAGCUAAUUAAGUCGCGCAAGGGACUCACUGAAUCCGAAGCCUGUUUUUUAAUGGCAAAUAUAACAAGAGGAAUGGAGUAUUUGCACAAAAAUCUUGUUUUCCACAGAGAUAUCAAGCCCGGAAAUAUACUACUCGAUAGUGAAAUGCGUCCCAAAAUUGCAGACUUUGGACUUGCCGUUGUUCUUCCCAACGCUACGUCGAAAGUAACUAGUUUUGCUGGGACACCGUGCUAUAUGGCACCAGAGGUGAUAGUCAAGCCUCGUUAUUACGGUAUGGCAGCCGACAUAUGGAGUGUUGGUACAGUUUUAUUUACAAUGGUGUUUGGGCGCUCGCCUUUCGCCGGGAGACAUAUCAGCAGUAUUUAUCGUCAGGUUGCAAAAGCCGAUAUCCAGUUUCCGUCUACAAAAACGUACUCAGAGGAACUAGAGAGUCUUAUUUGCGGCAUACUGCAGCUGAAUCCCGGAGAUCGUCCGAGCUGGGGUGAAAUACUCAGCCAUAGCUGGUUCACGACCAAUUAUGUCUCCAGAAUACCAUGUAACAUAUACCACACACCGAUGUCGAGCAAACCGUUGAAUCCUGCUUUCCACUUUGAAAGAUUUAUGAGCCAAACUGAAAGCAGCAUCUACAGUUCAGCCGACCUGUACCGUGACUAUUGUUUGAAACAACUACAUGAUCCUGUCAUAAUCCAUUGA